AUGUCUAGCACUUUUGACGUUGGUGUAUUCCUUGAUGACCCAUCCAAAAAUCAUGAUGAGAAGAAGAUUUUUGUUGAGAAGCUGUGGCUCCGCCCACUUGAUGAACAUAUCGAAGCGUUUUCUGCUUAUUUUGAGCUGCUGAGGGACGAGGUCAAAGCGCUGUUGAAUACUAAACGCACCGGUCUGUCCGAUCUGGAAUUCAACCAUGUCCUGACCAUCCGAGACGCUAUCUUACAGAACUACUCUGGUAGUCAGGCUGAGCUGCGUCAAAUAGUGGCAGACCAACUCCAAGGAACAGGCAUACCAGACGAAGCCAUCCCUCAUACGAUAAUGUUUGUUAUCAGAGUGUUGCUCAUGAUCAAAGUCAAACAAUCUACUGGGUCUAUCAAUGUCCGAGAUAACACGCUGUACCUCUUCAGCAAUAUCGGAGCUCUUAAACAUGUCAAGGGUGCGCAAGAAUUGACUUCUAGAUUUUAUACAGAGGAUUUUAUAGACGAAACACUAGCAACAUCACACUUGUUCUUCCCUAAACCUCAUCCUGGUUAUAGGUACUCUGACUAUAUUACAUGGUUCAAGAACAAACAGGGAAAGAUCGAAACCUGGCAAAGGUCCUUACCCAGCCCAAAUAACCCAGCAGUGUCGCGCCUCUAUACGGCAUAUCCAGUAUGGAACCAGCGACUGGCAUGGGUGCUUGAAGCCUCGAAGAACCAGCCCAACAUGGGUUUGCGACGAAUCUGGUAUGAUGAUCGCGAUCUGAGUCUGUGGUGGACAAGGUGGGCAUUGAUUACUGCUGUAUUUUUAACUAUUUUGUUCGGAUUGAUACAGUCGAUCACAGGUAUCAUCCAGGUUGUCUAUGCCGCUAACCCUUAG